AUGUCGUAUGGUUAUGGAGGUAUUAGUGGUUGUAAUGGGCUUCUGAGUGGUGUUCUUGGAAUGGCUGGAGGUUAUGGGGGAGGAUACGGUGGAUAUGGGUACGUUUGUUUGUAUGAGCUUUGGAAAUUUUGUGAGAACUUUGAAUGUUUUUGGAGCCGUGGAACUUUGUGAGGUUUGAAAUUUUGAAUGGGCCUAGAAUUUUUUAAAGACUUUUUUCCAAAAUCAAAUUUUUCCAACGUCAUACCUCGCUCUGAUUGUUUUCGCGGCUCUCGAAAAUUUAAAUGUGAAUUGUUUGAAACAGUGAAAUGCGACAAAUACAACAUUUUCAGAAGAUGCGGUUCUGAUAAUAUAUUCUAUUUUUGGCGAUGUUGUGAUUACAAUCCAUAUGAAUGUUGUUUUCAAUUACACACUUGGUUCAUGUAAGUUUCAAAAGGUUUUUUGAAAAUAAAUCCUCCUAAUUUUCCGCUUUUGAAAUUGUGAGUUAUUCAAAAGUUUCUGGAAAUUCUGAAAUUCCAUUUUUACUUCAAAAUUCAACUUUCCUCCUUUAAUUUUCUGAAUAUUUUGCAGUGUGUUCAUAGUUCUAUUCCUAAUUGGUUUCUUCAUUUGUCUUUGUGCAUGUUUGGCUGGUUGUAUAUGGACAGCUCGAGCAAAAGAAUAA